AGUAUCACUUACCAGAAAAUGAAACAAGAAACAUAAAAAUCAAACAUCAGAAUCAUAAUCUAUCUUAAUCCGACAGAAAGAAAGAAAAAAAAAAAAAAAAAAGGAAAAUGGCAAUAAGAGAAGUAUCAGAGAGUUGUAUGGAUAGUUUACUAACAGAAAUAGUAUCAUCGUAUUCCAAUGUUGUUUAUGCCAAUAAGCCCGACCUUGCUGCCCACCGAAUUGAAGCCAUUGGUUUUCAUGUUGGUCAUCAGCUCUCUGAACGGUACACCAUGGAGAGACCACGAUUUAGUGAUCACCUGGAAGCCAUCAAAUUUAUCUGUAAAGAUUUCUGGUCUGAGCUCUUCAAGAAGCAAAUAGACAAUUUAAAGACUAAUCAUAGGGGCACAUUUGUUUUGCAAGAUGAUAAAUUUGCGUGGCUUUCACGCAUAUCAGGGGUCCCAUCUGCUGAGGCGUCAGCUCAAGAGUCUGUAAACAAAGCAGCUGAAGCAACUGGCAUGCAUCUCUACUUCCCUUGUGGAAUUAUUAGGGGGGCUCUUUCAAACUUGGGUAUCCCAUGUGCUGUUUCUGCUGAUAUAUCAAACCUUCCUGCUUCAGGUUCGUUUGUGAUCCGAAUAAAGGUGUAGCCAACAUCAUGGUUUCCUGGGCUGCAAACCAAGCUCUGUCGUUCCCUUUUCCAGUACGUACACAAUGUAAGUAACGACAUGUGUAGCUUUUGUUGUCAGAGACGUGUGAUGAGUUAUUGUAAUCAUGUUAAAGAGGCACGACUGUUUAAUGUUUGUUUUGUAUGUGCAAACUGCUUAGAAGAAAAAUCAACUUGCAUUGAUGAA